AUGUUUAAUGAUUUAUUCUUCAAUAUUACACACAACGAGUGGACACAACCUGCUUUAGCAUCGUGUCAAAUAUUAAAAUGGAUUGGUAUCUAUUUAUGUUUUGCUUUUAUUUGUGGUAUUGGUCUCAAUGCUAUUAUUCUUAUUAUUCUUCUUCAAAAUAAACGUCGUCGAUCACCAAUUGAUAUAUUUAUUAUUGCUCUAAGUUUUGCGGAUUUAUUGGAUGCUUUACUUGGAAUACCAUUAUCACUCACAUCUAAUUUAGCUUGCCGAUGGUUGUAUGGUAAAUAUUUAUGUUAUUAUGAAGGUUUUAUUACUUAUUUUGUUGGAAUGGUUGGACUCUAUUUAUUAACUGCCUUAUCUUUGAAUAGGUAUUGGAAAAUUGUUAUACCUACAAAAGAGCAAUAUGUUACUUAUCGAACUGCUUAUAUAUCAGUAAUUUUGUCUGUACUUGGUGGUUUAUUUUGGGCAUUACCACCUGUAUUUGGUUGGAAUAAUUAUAGAUUAGAAGGUGCACGAACAACAUGUUCCAUAUGUUGGCAAGAUCGAUCAAUAAAUGUCCUUAGUUACAAUGUUUUUAUGUUUAUUUUUGCUUACAUUAUUCCAUUAAUUAUUAUGGUUUAUUGCAAUACGUGUAUUUAUCUUAAAGUACGCGAAGCAAGUAGAACACAAAUGACAUGGAAUACAAUUAAAGGCUUAUCAAAAUCAUGUUUGAAAAAACAAAACAUGGAAAAACGCAUGGCUAAAACAGUCUUUUUUAUCAUCGUUAGUUUUACAAUCGCCUGGACACCAUAUGCCAUUGUAGCAUUUAUAUCAUCAUUUUUUUCUCCGGAUUUAAUUCCACCAUUAGGUGGUACACUACCAGCAAUAUUUGCUAAAUCAUCAAUAUAUUUCAAUCCAUUUGUUUAUAUUGCAUCAAAUUCUUAUAUUCGUUCAAGAAUAUUCAGUAUGCGAAAGAAUACAAAUCGAUCAACCAUUAGUGAUUCAUUAAAAGAAACUAAUCAACAAUCACUUUCACUGAAACAACUCGAAUUUAGUUAA